CGCGACUACGAUUGAGUAUGCCGCACUUCCGGCCAGAUCGCCGGAUAUCCGCUGAGUGACCCUUACGAGUCCUUUUUGAUCCUGAAGUGUAUUAGGUGCCGCUGUUGCUGCUCGUGUUGAGUCCAGAACCGUAGGUGGACAUGGGUCUGGAGGACGAACAAAAGAUGCUGACCGGAUCCGGAGAUCCCGAGGAGGAGGAAGAGGAAGAGGAGGAAUUAGUGGAUCCCCUAACAACAGUGAGAGAACAAUGCGAGCAGCUAGAGAAAUGUGUAAAGGCCCGGGAGCGGCUAGAACUGUGUGAUGAGCGUGUCUCCUCCCGAUCACAUACAGAAGAGGAUUGCACAGAGGAGCUCUUUGACUUCUUGCAUGCAAGGGACCACUGCGUGGCCCACAAACUCUUCAACAGCUUGAAAUGAAUGUGCAGACUCAUUUACCUCAGCCUUCAUCACCUGGGCAUCUGGAUACUUCCUUGUGGAUUUGAAUAUGUCAUUUGUUUUUAAUUUGUGUAAAAGUUCAUAUGAACCUCAUGGAUUUUGGCUUAGGCAAGUAGCUUCUAUGUAAUUAGCAGUGAUUCCAUCUAAAUAAAAUUUUGGGAACUGC